GUUAGUCUCCAGCUACUCUUGUUGUAUGUUUGCAGAUCUGUUUCUCCUCUCCCUCUGCUUCAGUGCCUGUCUUCUGUCCUUAUCCUGUUGGCCUUAUCCCCACUCGGCUCAGCUCCCCUCUGGUUUCUCUUUUGGACCAGCUCUGCUAAACAGCCUCGUCCUGCAUUAGAAAGUGAGUGGAUGGAGGGGGAGGCUGGGCCACCGCCGGGUUAUAACUCCUCCUCUUCUGGCUGGGAUGAAUGAGAGAGAGAGAGACAAUAGACUUUAAUCACUCAUGUGGUUGAGAGCUGUUGGCCAGACGCGCUCAGAGAGAGAGGAAGAAAUAAAAACAGAAGAGGGGAAGAUAGAAACUUGUGGUGGGAGAGAAAGGAGAGAAACAGGAAGGGAGAAGACUGAGGAGGACAACUUGAGAGGAGAGUUAUCAUUAGUGACACUUCUGAGCUGAAGACAACAACCAGACUGAGAAGAGAGGAGGAGGUGAUCAAAACAUCAAGACCUAAAGGAGGAGGAGGAGACCCCGACUCCAGAUUCCUACUGUUCCUACUGAAGAAGUCUUCAUCCACCCUGCCGUCCAGAUUUGAGUAUGUCCUGCCAUCCCUGUCACCCGUGCCGCUGAUGCAGUCGGUCAGCAUGACCACCCUGCUGCCCUGGCCUGCCGGUCCCAGCAACCACUGCCCAGACCUGGACUGCACCUUACUGCCGGAGGGGGAUGGAGGCGUCUCCCUGCAGAGGUACCAGCCUCGCUCCCCGGAGAGCAGCCCCCGCCACUGGAGCUCGGUGCAGGACUGGGGGGAGGAAGUGGAGGAAGGAGCCAUCUACAACGUGACACUGAAGAGGGUUCAGAUUCAGCAGGCGGCCAACAAGGGAGCGAGAUGGCUCGGGGCGGAGGGGGAUCGUCUGCCUCCCGGCCACACCGUGAGCCAGCUGGAGACCUGCAAAAUACGAAGCAUCCGUGCUGGAACGCUGGAGCGUCUGGUGGAGACAUUACUGACGGCGUUUGGAGACAACGACCUCACCUACACCUCCAUCUUCCUCUCCACCUACAGAGCCUUCGCCAGCACACAGACUGUACUGAAGCUGCUGUUAGACAGGUAUGGAAGUGUGGAGGAGAACGAGCAAGACACAAGCAGAUGCAAAGGCUCUGGAACCAAUGGAGCCAUCCGAAGCGCCUUGGCCUCUAUCCUGCGCGCCUGGCUGGACCACUGUCCCGAGGACUUCCAGGAGCCGCCAGAAUACCCCUGUCUCCACAGACUGAUGGACUACCUGCGCAGGGUCGUGCCCGGCUCCGAGGCUCUGAGGCGGGCGGAGGGUCUGCUGGAGCAGCUGCAGAGUCAGGCCGGCAUGGACGAACCUGAAGCUGGUUUCCACGGCAACAGCUCUUUCUGUCUGGGGGAAGAGGAGGAAGUGGAGAUCGAGCUCCAGGAGGACUUCCUGUCGUUUGACGCCGACAUGGUGGCUGAGCAGCUGACCUACAUGGAUGCGCUCCUCUUUAAAAAGGUCGUGCCCCACCACUGCCUCGGCUCCAUCUGGUCUCAGAGGGACAAGAAGGACAACAAGCACAGCGCCCCCAGCGUUCGCGCCACCAUCACGCAGUUUAACGCCGUGGCGGCCUGUGUGGUCAGCACGGUGCUGAAACACAGACAGAUCAGACCGCAUGUCAGAGCGCGGGUCAUUCAGCGCUGGAUAGACAUCGCUCAGGAGUGUCGAAUACGCAAAAACUUCUCGUCUCUGCGAGCCAUCGUGUCUGCGCUGCAGUCCAACCCUCUGUACAGGCUGAAAAGGGCCUGGGCCUGCGUGCACAAAGACAGCAUGCAGACGUUCGAGGAACUGUCGGACAUUUUCUCCGAUCACAACAACUACCUGACCAGCAGAGAGCUCCUCAUGAGGGAAGGCACUUCAAAGUUUGCCAGCAUGGAGAGUUGUGCCAAGGAGCACCAGAAACGAACCCACAAGAGACUUUUGCUGCAGAAGGAAAUGGGAGCCAUGCAGGGAACGAUACCCUACUUGGGGACUUUCCUAACUGACCUGACCAUGCUGGAUACGGCGCUGCCUGACCUAGUAGAGGGUGGUCUCAACAACUUUGAGAAGAGACGCAGGGAGUUCGAGGUUAUCGCUCAGAUCAAGCUGCUCCAGUCGGCCUGUAACAGCUAUUGUCUGACUCGGGAUCCGGCCUUCCUCCGCUGGUUUAAGAGCCAGGCUCAGCUCAGCGAGGAGGAAAGCUACGCCCUGUCCUGUGACAUUGAAGGUCUUGGCGACAGCAGUCCGACCUCACCCAAACCUCGGAAAAGCAUGGUGAAGAGACUCAGCCUGCUGUUUCUUGGACCAGACAGUAGUGCAGCGAGUUCUCCGGUCAGAGAGACGCCGCGCUCGCCUCCUACUGGCAGCUCAGGAGAGAGCAUGGACUCGGUCAGCGUGUCCUCCAGUGACUCCAGCAGCCCGUCAGACAGCGAGGGCCUCACCCCCACACACACCUCCGACUCCCAGCAAAACAAGCUAUCAGAAUCCUCCUCAUGUAAUUCACUCCACUCCAUGGACACCAGCUCGUCCACAGCCAGCGUCUCCAUGACUCCUGCGUCUCCCCCGCUCCCCGGGCCGCUCUGCACCCACAGACGCUCCGCCUCCCUCACACCCCUGUCCCCCGGCUCCCCGAGUCAGACCCCAGCUUACAACACCCAGGCCCAGGACACAUGCAUCAUACGAGUCAGUCUGGAGCAUGGCAACGGGAACCUCUACAAGAGCAUACUGUUGACCAAUCAAGACAAGACUCCGGCUGUAAUUUCUAGAGCUAUGGCAAAGCACAACCUGGAGGUGGAGCCAGAGGACGGAUACGAGCUUGUACAAGUCAUCUCUGAGGAGAGAGAACUGGUGAUUCCCGACAACGCCAACGUCUUUUACGCCAUGAACACUUCGGCUAACUUUGACUUCCUGCUGCGCGUGCGAGGCUCGGCGAGUCGGCCGGUCCAGCUGCGAAGCCGCUGUAGCUCCACGCUCCCUCGCGCCCAGCACCGCUCCACCCUGUCGCUCAGACUCAGCAAGGUCACACUGUGACCCCCGGACUGUAGCGGUUUGCCCUUACACCACUAAUCCAGGGAUGAUGCAGGGCACGGACUUGAUUUGAACUGUUCUAGAUGAAGAGGCUGGAUGAGGGAUGAAUGGAUGAGGAGCUCAAGAAGGAACAGAUGGAGUCUUCAGACUGUUUAAAAAAAGCUCCAUUUAGACUCUUAUCUUGACUCUAGUCUCACCCUGAACUGUGCCAUCCCUUCCUGUCCUUCGCCUUAACAUGGAACAUGGAUGUGUAGCGUGACUGACUGCUGUGCCAGUGGGACUUGACCUUCUACUAGUAAUGCCUGUGACGGAGUGAAACGGCGACCCCUAGUGGCCUCUCCACUCUUUACAACUACAGGUUUUUGCACAUGUUAUGGGAGCAGACCAAACUCCUGACCUCCAACAGUAUUCUGAUGUUGAAUCUUUUUGUCCUGUGAUGUGACUGCGUAGCUGAGUAUUCACUUUUUCUGGUGUGAUGAAUGCAGAAAGAGAAGACAGAUGGUGGAAUAGAAGGAGAAGUGGACCAGAGUGUCCAGUGUUGCCUUUAUCGAUGAAUGAAUGGACCUUUAAUAGUAUUCUGAAUGAUGUUAAUUAAUGAAUUGAUUGACAGGAGCUGUGAUGUCAUUGUUUUCCCCUAGUCCGGCAUGUUUACCUGCCAUGUCCGGCUCGUGCACAGUGUGCACUCUGUGUGUAUGUGUGUUCAGCCCCUCUCAUAUUGUGAGCUGUGUGACGAAUGUUACGUGCAUUCUGAUUGGUUCCCUUACUUGGUUUUAACAAGUCCUUAGCAACUAUUGAAAUAGCCUUACCUGCCCUAUCUUUAGGGUGCAGAGAUGAAAUCUGUGCUGCUUUCUAAUCCAGAAAGGCGUUCCCUCACAUCCUCACAUUUUCAGACUUAUUUUAAGAAAAAAAAAGAAGAAGAAAAUAGACGUGUAAGAAUAGAGAUGAGGAAGGAACUGACUUCCUGGAAUAGAAAACGCCAUGCAAAGUGUCUCAAACUGAUGCAUCCUUGUACCUCUUUGCCCUUCAUUAUAUGAACUAUAUAGAGUUGCACUUGUCAGUUGGUAGGAGACGCCGAUGGGAUGUGAAUAUAGAAGAGUGAACGAGCCGCUCUGUAAGUGGUUUCCUCCCUCUCUUCGCUAAAUGAAUUACUAUUUUUGUUUGUAAUUGUUGCUUUUUAUAUGUUUUCGUAACACAAUUCAGGCCAGACAUGAACGCCAGAUCAGAGAGUGAUGACGUUAAUGAAUUCAGAGUGUCAUAAAAAAUAAAAAAAAGCCAGUGCCAGAUUUUACUGUGAUACAUUUGGAAAUCUUUACUUAGGGACACAUCACUUCAUCACGCACACACAACACCUCUUCACACAGUAAACACCCGUCUGUUUCCAGCGCCGCCGUAGUUUCACAGCAACUCUUCUCACCUGUCACAUUACAGCGACACCGUUUUCAGAUAAACACUCCUGUGAGUCAUUUUUUUCCUCCUUUCAGUUAUAGCUCACUCCUGCAGAUCUUACAUGCUAUCGUGCCAAUUUGUGCAACCAGUUAAUGUUCCCCUGGUUGAUAUUACAUUUCCCUUCUGGGAGAACUGGUUCACGUGUUAAUGGGCUGAUCGUUUGUCUCCACGCAGCACUUCACUUUAAAAUGUUCUCGUUAAAUCACCCUCAGUUCCUGUGUUCUUCACUGCCAAAGACUCUUCCUCUACCUGAAUAAAUAAAUUAUUAUCAUUA